UGGUUAUCUGUAUAAUCUUGAUAUUAUGUACAAAAACUGGAACCGUAUACGGUCGAAGGUGCAUUGUGAAAGAAGACCUUAGUCGCUGGGUCGGGUUUGAGGUCUCGGAAUAAUACUGCUCAGGGUUUGUUUUCCAAGACAACAGAUGCACAGACAUGUGUGUGUGAUUGUCUCAAGUAACGAGAAGCUUAUCUGCACCUCUGUAUGAAUCUUAGGCCUAAGAAUCACUAUAGCACUUGACAGGACAGAUUGAAGAAAAUAUUGGCCGGUGCCUGGCUGGAUCUUGGUCCGAGUAGAAGCAGGAUGUCUGGGGCAGCCGUGUGUCUCGCUCCUCCAUUUGUACAAUGUCCUGCCUGUGCAGAAAGACAUGAGUUGCCUCUGGAAGAGAGGGACAAGACAGAACAGUCUGGAAAUUGUAUCCGCUGUGGAUUUUACUUCAAGUUACAACUGAAGCAGGCAGCUAGCUCCACGGUUACCUUCUCUGUCAAUGGAACUACGUACACGGUGGGCGACGAGUACGACCCAGCCAUGUCUCUGGUGGAGUACCUGCGGACUACAGACAUUUCCAAGGGCACAAAGCAGCUUUGCAAUGAAGGAGGAUGCGGGCUGUGUCUGGUCGUUGUCAAACUCUACGAGCCGGUCAGCAGGAUCGAACAGCUGUACGCAGUGAACGCCUGCUUGGUUCUACUGUACAUGUGUGACGGGUGGGAAAUAACUACAAUCGAAGGAUUGGGUAACCCACGCACAGGACUCCACCCGAUUCAACAUCGUCUAGUCCAAAAGAAUGGCUCUCAGUGUGGCUUCUGUAGCCCCGGGCAGAUCAUGAAUAUGUACGGACUGCUGCAAAGAAACCAUCAGCCUACAAUGGAAGCCGUGGAAGAUGUUUAUGACACCACCAUCUGCCGAUGUACAGGAUACAGAUCCAUCAUGGACGCCAUGAAGUCAUUCGCAUCGGAUGCGCCACCUGUCCUUCAAGGGAAGAUGAUUGACAUCGAGGAUCUGAACCCGAAAAUGUGCAAGAAGACUGGAAAGAAGUGGGGGAAGUGCGCUCAAAGAAAGGAGCAAGGCGUUUCUGGAGUACAGGAUAUUGUGGACAACAGAGACAUGAAGCCACAAGAUCUGCGGAUCGUAGGGGCCAGAGCUCAGUGGUUCAAACCCACAACAUUGCAGGGUUUGUACCAACUUCUUCAACAGUACCGCACAGCCAACUACACCCUCGUAUUCGGCAACACUGGCUUCGGUAUUUACAAGGAGAUCGGACCGUGGACGUUCGAUGUGCUGAUUGACAUCAGAGGUGUGCGGGAACUGUUCAGAACUGACUUCGUUCCAACAGUGGUGUGGGGAGCUAACCUAAGUAUUGGUAAUUUGUUGGACUUGUUCACGAGAUCCAGCUCCAAUCCCACAAUGCCUUACGCACCAGUAUUCGCUCAGCAUUUGAAAAAAGUUGCAAACAACACCAUACGAAGUCUUGCCUGCUGGGCGGGAAAUUUGAUGCUGAAACACAAACAUCCGAUCUUCAUGUCUGACAUCUACGCCAUGUUGGAAACUGUGGGCGCAAAGCUUCUGAUUGGGGACGGAGAUGGAAGUCAAAGCCAGUCCAGUCUGGAAGAUUUCCUUAGCCUGGACAUGAAGGGCAAGGUUAUUGAAGCAGUUUUUCUCCCCACGUACAGCGAUAAUAAGAACUCCAUCAGAAUCUACCGCGUGUCGCAGCGCCUACAGACUUGCUACAGUCACGUGAUCGCUGGGUUCAACUUCAAACUUGACAGGGCCAGCAACUACACUGUCCUGGAACGUCCUACCCUUGUCUUUCAAGGCAUCAGUGAGCAAGUUAACCGAGCCAAGAUGACAGAAUCGUUUCUGGUUGGGAAGGAGCUUGGAAAUCCACAAGUGAUAAAAGAUGCCAUAUCGGUUAUGAAUAUAGAACUGGCCCCAGUGAGUGACCCCGGUCUGGCCAGUCCCGUCUUUAGACAAAAUCUCGCCAAGUCGCUCUUCUACAGGUACGUUCUUGACGUGUGUCAAAACAACGCGAGCGAGAGAUACCGCAGCGGAGGGUUUCCACUGACUCGCCCGGUGUCUUCUGGGACGCAGACCUUUGACACCCGCAGGGAUGAGUGGCCUCUGACCCAGCCCAUGACUUCAGUCGACGCUGACUACCAGGUGUCUGGGCUGACGCGGUAUUUGGAUGACACGCUUCUGAGUCACACCGAACUGUACGCCUGUUUCGUCAUCAGCACUCAGGGCAACGCCCGCAUCGAUUCCGUCGAUCCACGGGCCGCUUUGGCCCUGCCAGGAGUACACAGAUUCAUCCAUUCUUCAGACUUCCCCCAAGGUGGGAAGAACAAUUUCGUUUUGUACUCCAAAGUCCCAGAAGAGAUCCUCUGCAGUGGUCAGGUGUUAUAUGCUGGGCAACCUAUUGGAAUCAUUGUGGCAGACAGCAACCACAUCGCCAGCACCGCUGCAUCCAUGGUCAGCGUGACUUACACCAACGUGCAGCCGCCAUUACUGGACAUUCACAAGGCCAUCGAGCAGGGCUCCGUGUUUCCAGACAAACCUGACCCUGUGGUCGUCGGUGAUGCUGACCGUGCGAUACGGGAGUCAGCACGGCGCGUGGGUGGGUCCGUGGAGACGGGGGAGCAGUACCAGUUCCACAUGGAGACUCAGAUCAGUCGAUGUGCCCCCAACGACAACGGGGGGAUGGACGUGCAGGCGACAACACAGUGGGUGGACCUGUGCACUCAGACAGUGGCCAGCGUUCUGAACAUUCCCCACAGCAGUGUGACUACGGAAGUAGUUCGACUUGGCGGUGGAUUUGGCGCCAAGAUUUCCCGCAACUUCCUGAUUUCUGGAGCAUGCGCUCUGGCUGCCUACAUCAUGCAAAGACCCGUGAGGAUGGUGCUAGACCUGCACACAAACAUGAAGGCUAUUGGAAGACGGGACGCUUGCUUCGCAAACUAUGAGGCUGGCUUCACCGAGGAAGGGAAGCUGAACGGAAUUAAAGUCGACUUCUAUUCUGACAUGGGGUACAACGAUGCUGACAGUUCUCUAGAUGAUAUAUCAAACUUUAUUGACAGCUGCUACUCCUGCAAUAACUGGAAGCUAACGACUACUGCUGUGAAGACAAACAAACCGUCUAUGACAUACUGCAGAUCGCCAGGCUCGCUGCAGUGUCAGUUUGUAAUGGACACCAUCAUCGAGCACGUGGCUAAAGAACUCAACAAAGACCGUGAAGUUCGCAAAAUUAACCUGUACCAGACAGGAGAGCACACUUUGAAUGGAAUGAGACUGGAUCACUGCAACAUCCGGGAUAUCGUGACACAGCUGGAGACGUCUGCUGGCAUUGGCAGAAAGCAACAGGUUGCUGCAUUCAACCAGACGAACCGCUGGAAGAAGCGGGGCCUGUCCCUGGUGCCAACUCGCUGGGGUGUGAACUGGGCCUGGGCCUACUACAAUGUGCUGGUGGCCAUACACAGCGGGGAUGGCACCGUCUCCAUUGCACAUGGCGGCAUUGAUAUGGGGCAAGGGAUUAAUACAAAGAUAAUCCAAGUAUGUGCCUAUGCUGGUAUACCCAUGUCUUUGAUUCGUGUGAAAAAGACUUCGUCCACUUCAAGCUCCAACUCGCAAACCACUGGAGGUUCCACAACAUGCGAACUGAACUGCUUGGCUGUGAUUAACUGCUGCACUGUGCUGAAGGCCCGGAUGCAACCAGUCCGCGCCAAGAUGGGCAACCCGACCUGGCUGCAACUCGUAGACCAGUGUUUUAAAGAUGGAGUGGACCUCAGCACUCAGUACUAUGUUCGGCCUACUACGGAGUUCAAGUCCCGUUACAACGCGUAUGCUGCGGCCAUCACGGAAGCGGAAGUGGACAUUCUGACGGGACAAUCGCAAAUACGCCGCGUGGACAUCUUGUACGACUGUGGGGAAAGCAUGAACCCGGAGAUCGACGUUGGCCAGGUGGAGGGCGGUUUCAUGAUGGGGCUGGGGUACCACCUGACCGAAAAAAUCAGAUACAAUCCGACUACUGGAGUUCUGAUCACAGACGGUACCUGGGAAUAUAAACCACCGUUACCCAAGGACCAGCCAAUAGAUUUUCGGGUGAAUCUGCUGAAGAACACACCCAACCCACUUGGCGUGCUGAGCUCUAAGGCGGUUGGUGAGCCCCCGAUGAUGAUGAGCAGCUCCGCCCUGUUCGCCAUCAAGCACGCCGUGGAGGCUGCACGUGCAGAGAUCGGCCAAGACACGUACUUCCCACUGAAUUCACCAGCACUGGUAGAGAACGUUCACCUGGCGUCCCUGAUCGACUUUACACAGUUCAACUUCCACGACUGAACGCCAUCAAUGUCCGCCAGGUGGCGACAACAGUUGCAUCUGAACGGCAAUGUGGAAAGUGCUUUGUGAUUUCUGCGCAAACGCAUUUCUCCGCACACUUGUGCAGCAAUCAUACGGCGCCAAUCAGAUCAUUCGAGCGCAGCACGUGAACAGGGGAUAAAAUUAUCAUAAAUAAUUGUAAGGUAAACACCACAGUGACAGGUAACUGCAAGAGAAAUGCUUUGAAAUGUUUUUUUCAUGAGACUUUUAACUCUUUCAUCUUUACAGGUGAUUGUCUCUUCUACUCUCUGUCUUUGAUUUAUUAGGUUCUUUGAUAAAAGCUAGAAAUAUAUUUUGAUGAUGGCAGCUGAAAUGACAUUUAUACGAUGACAAUGGAAUGACAUUUAUGUGAAGACAUUCACUGUUAAUGAUGACAGUUGCAACGAUUAAAGGCUUUUUCUUUUGGUUGUGUAAGUCGCCUUUAUGUAUUAAUAUGCAUUUGGUUAUGGAUAUUUUGACAAGAAACUGGACUAACUAUAAUUCACUGCUUAUAAAAGGGUCUUAAUAUAAUUAUGAAGUGCCUACAACAUUUUUUUCUCAUGUAAUCAGUAAAUUGAUCUUCAAAGGAAGUGAUCAGAUUGUGAUGUGUAUAUUUUUAGACCGUACUUGGGAAGAUUAUUCUCACAAAAGAUUAUUGUCAUGUUUGGUUGUUUUGAUUGGUUAAGUCACCGAGGUAAUAGUUGAAGAUAUUCAGAUAUGACUUGCGAUAGAUCUUUUGAAAAUUACUCUUCGUUAAUUUUGUUUGUCACACAAAUGCUAAUACUGUUAAAUCCAUUUGGGUAUUAGGUAGUUUCUUAUAUCUCGUAGGAUUUGGUGCAUGUUUCUUGAAUGAUGCAAGUAGACAGUAAACCACGAAUGGUCAGGAGAGAGAGAGUUGCACAGUUUUAAUUUUCUGUGUGAAGUGGGACAAGUUUAAUUGGAAACUAGGCUCUCUGUCAUCUGCAUUAAAAUAAAGCAGCAUGCUUUACUUUCCUUUAAAGACGACGAGGUUUCUUUCAUCUUUGUAAUAUUAACAACUCAGUAAUAUCAGAAACUUGUUCUGAAA